AUGUACUCUCACAAGGCUUUCCACGUGAGACCAUUAGACUACCGCACCCAGGAGAAACUCUGGGAAGAAUCAGAGAAGAAAACAAUGGCAACUGCUUUGGAAGAAGCACUGGGCUGUAGAAAAUGCCCUCUCAGCGUCACUGAGGCUUCAAUGAAGGCAGAUAUUGACCAGGGGAAAUACAUCACAACCAACUACCCCCCAUUCUUCACAAAUGCAAACACCCGAGAUGAAAACAUCUCUCCUCUCGACACUACUACACCCAACAAACACCUUUCACAUUGGAAGGUCAUCUCUGACACCCAGCGUCAACUUUAUUACAAGACCGUGGAGCACACUCUUGACUCUCAACUCCACGAGGAAGAAGCAACUGAUCCUGAGCUUGCCAUCCUCUUCGCACAUUACAAAGUUGACUUUCACAUCCGACAACACUACCUAGCCCACCGAGGCGUGCUCACUCUUUGCCGUGAUGCAACAGACAUGCAAUCUCUACGAAAGUGGCAAUGGCGCAUGGACAAGAUAGACAAGCUCUCUCCCUCAGAGGAAGAAGAAGUCAAACAAGUCCGCCAUAAGAUGCCACGACCUCUCGGUUGGCCAAAAGACGAGAGUCUGGAAUUAAUGCAUCAAACUCACCUCUGGAAGAAAUCCUGGAAGUCCCGACAGAAGAGGGUCGAAGAUGUCCGGGCCAGAUGGGCAAUUAUUAUGGAGGAGCGACGUCGACAACGAGAGCGACUGCUAGCGAUGCAGGCGUCAAAGCUCACGGUGCGGCUUUAUUUUGGUGGGGAGCUGCGCGAUUUGAGAGAACUGGAGCGGAAGGUCUACCCUGGUAUGGGAAUGCUGAUGGGCAGGAGUACACAGAGCUUUGGAGUAUAG